ACGUUUCAAUUUCAAUAUCGAUCAGUACUUGAUUCGCACUCACCCAGAUCCGAUUGCUCCAAGUGUAGUGUAAAAUGUUGCUGGUGCUUGCUAUGCUGUUUUGUUUGUUUACAUCCUCCCCCGUUAAUAGUGAUCCAACAUUUCAGCAAUAUGCAGAACUUAUGUUCCAAUUCGAUGCAGUUUUUGAAACACUGUGUCUAGCGCAAACGAACGACUCAAGCAAAUCUCGGCAAAUGGUUGAAGCUAAUCAAGCCCUUCAAGCCUGUGUCAAUCUGCAUCACGAUCCACAAAAUUUCACCAAUGCACUGGAUUCUUUGACUCCUGCAAAUCAUAACGCUUUCAUCAAUUAUAACUGUGACCAAUUUGAGGAAAUAAAAAAAUGCUACCAUCCCUUUACACGCCAGCUGGAAGUAUGCUUUACCGGGCGCGAUGUUUCAAUGAUCAAGACAUUGAUUCUGCUAGAAGAAGAGUUUGCGUUCAUAUGUGAAAAAGAUGGAGCAAAUAUUGUUACCGUGCAUCAGUCCAAUUACUCAUACUGUGCUGGAAAUCUAAAAGACCUUCUACAUAAUUGCACCACAUCGGGUUGGGCGGAAUUACGUAGUAAAACUAUCGAAACAAUGACAAAACGCGACUGCAGCGUUUUCCAAAACCUAGCAUCCUGCUUCCAGGAAAACAUUACCAAAUGUGGAGCACCCCUUUUUGCAAGGCUAUUUGGUAUACGGUAUCAUGCAAUCGUAAAACAGACAUCAUGUAGCACAAAAACACUCUCAACAGAUACAUAAUGCAUGCCUCGUCUUGAACAAAUUUUGCAGCAAGAUAGAAAAAUGCCUGAGAUAGUUAUAAAACAACUAUAACAUAUUGCUAUCUGGUAUCAAUAAAUGUAAUAAAGUAUCUGAGCAUAUCAUUAAUCUAAUAAGCCACAAACAUUGGAGAUGGCCCAAUAAAAACGACUGAUCUCCAAAAUAAAUUAAAAGGGAUUUAUUCAAUAGAGA